CUGAUUUUGCAAGGAAAAGUUCGAGUAAACGAUGAAGUUUACACCAAAAAAGCCUACAAUGUUUGUCAAGAGGAUGUUGUUGAAGUUUGGAAAAAUGCGUAUGCUGAAAAUUCGUCACUUGCUCAAGUUGAACGCACCGAAAUUGUUAGCUAUGAGGUCACCGAACAGGGAUACAAUUUCGAGGUGAAAAGUUGGAAAUCUUUUUUGUCGGAUAAUUGGAGAAGUUCUCAAUGA